CUCUCAACCGGACUUGUGUUCGGUAACACGAAGCUGCUGUCUGUGUGUAAAACAUGUCGCAGUCGACGACACGACAUCCAAACGUGUUGUCAUCAACACUGGGGGGGGAAACAGCGGAGGGUUGGUUUUAAAGCCUCUGCUGAGUUAGCUUUAGCUCACCGCGCUAACGCUGCUGGACCUGGAGGUUCAGUUCACUGACACCGUGUUAUGGUGGAUCAUAAAUCCAGUCAUCCCUCUGUGCUGCGUGGACUACUCAGGACAGAAACCAUCAAGAUGGACACCUCUAAACUUCCUAAGAUCCGGGAUGAGGAGCGAGAGAGCCAGUUUGGAUAUGUGCAUGGGGUUUCUGGACCAGUGGUGACAGCAACUGCGAUGGCAGGAGCAGCCAUGUACGAGCUUGUCCGUGUCGGUCACAGUGAGCUGGUGGGAGAAAUCAUCCGUUUAGAGGGAGACAUGGCGACGAUCCAGGUCUACGAGGAGACUUCCGGUGUGUCUGUGGGUGACCCUGUCCUGCGAACAGGAAAACCCCUCUCUGUAGAGCUGGGACCUGGAAUCAUGGGCUCCAUCUUUGAUGGUAUCCAGCGUCCACUAAAAGAUAUCAAUGACCUCACUCAAAGUAUCUACAUCCCGAGAGGAGUAAACAUCAGCGCUCUUAACAGAGAUAUCAAGUGGGACUUUUCCCCUGGCCAGAACCUUAGGGUUGGCAAUCACAUGACAGGCGGAGAUAUCUACGGCAUGGUUUUUGAAAAUUCCCUAAUUAGGCACAAGCUGAUGAUUCCACCUCGCAACAGAGGCACCGUCACCUACGUGGCCCCCCCAGGAAACUACGACAUUUCAGAUGUGGUUCUAGAGCUUGAAUUUGAAGGUGUGAAGGAGAAGUUCACUAUGGUGCAGGUGUGGCCAGUACGACAAAUCCGCCCCGUAACCGAGAAACUACCUGCUAAUCAUCCGCUGCUGACUGGUCAAAGAGUUCUGGAUGCACUUUUCCCUUGCGUGCAGGGCGGCACCACUGCCAUACCUGGAGCCUUCGGAUGUGGCAAGACGGUGAUCUCUCAGUCCUUGUCCAAGUAUUCCAACAGUGAUGUCAUUGUCUAUGUCGGUUGCGGAGAGCGUGGAAAUGAAAUGUCUGAAGUACUGCGAGAUUUCCCUGAGCUAACUAUGGAAGUUGAUGGAAAGACUGAGAGCAUCAUGAAGAGAACAGCACUGGUUGCUAAUACAUCUAACAUGCCUGUGGCUGCCAGAGAGGCUUCUAUUUAUACAGGUAUCACAUUAUCAGAAUACUUUCGAGAUAUGGGUUAUAAUGUGAGCAUGAUGGCUGACUCCACGUCUCGAUGGGCUGAAGCUCUGAGAGAAAUCUCUGGAAGAUUGGCUGAGAUGCCCGCCGACAGCGGAUACCCUGCUUACCUGGGUGCCAGGCUCGCCUCCUUCUACGAGCGUGCUGGCCGUGUGAAGUGUCUGGGAAAUCCAGAGAGAGAAGGCAGCGUCAGCAUCGUCGGAGCUGUGUCGCCCCCUGGUGGAGACUUCUCAGAUCCUGUCACUUCAGCCACAUUGGGAAUCGUUCAGGUGUUCUGGGGUUUGGACAAAAAGCUGGCCCAGAGAAAACACUUCCCCUCUGUAAACUGGCUGAUUAGCUACAGCAAGUACACACGAGCUCUGGAUGAAUACUACGACAAACAUUUCCCUGAGUUCGUCGCUCUCCGUACAAAAUCCAAAGAGAUUCUACAAGAGGAGGAGGACCUGGCUGAAAUCGUGCAGCUCGUGGGAAAGGCCUCCCUCGCUGAGAGUGACAAGAUCACUCUUGAAGUUGCUAAACUCAUCAAGGACGACUUCCUGCAGCAGAAUGGUUAUACCCCCUAUGACAGGUUCUGUCCCUUCUACAAAACUGUGGGCAUCCUCUCGAACACGAUCGCUUUCUACGACCUGGCCCGUCACGCGGUGGAGUCCACGGCACAGAGCGACAACAAAAUCACGUGGGCCAUCAUCAAGGAGAACAUGGGAGAGAUCCUGUACAGGAUCAGCUCCAUGAAGUUCAAGGACCCUGUGAAGGAUGGCGAAGCUAAAAUCAAAGCAGACUGCGCUCAGCUGCUGGAAGACAUGCAGAACGCCUUCCGGACCCUGGAGGAAUGA